UCCUGCAACGUACGUAUAUUUCUAGUGUUUGGGUUCUGUCCAGUGGUGUUCAUCAGUUGCUUCAAGAAUGGAUAAAAAAAUGGAGACGGAUAAUUUGGAAAUGCGUCUUCAGGCGCUGGAGAGCCGUAUAUACGGCGAAAGAAGAAAUAAGAGUGGAAAACCUGUCAAGUGUGCAGAGUCUUUGGCCAGGAUUCAGGCAGGUCUGACUAAUACAGCCAACAAGAGAGAGCGAGUAAAGAUCCUGCACAAGAAAAUUGAGGACCUGGUGAAGUACCUGGACCCCCAGUUUACCGACCACAUCACUGUACCUGAUGCCAUGAAGCUGGAGUUCAUCCUUGCUGAGGAGGACUUCUUGCUUUCUCAGGCUGCUUUGCUGGAACAAGUGAACAGCCUGCAGCCACUGUUGGACAGCACCUACAUCAGAGAUGUACCCGAACACGCCACCAAGUUGCAGCGUCUGUCCCAGAUUCACAUCAAAGAACAGGACCAAACUGAGGCUCAAUCAGUGGAAGUGAAAAAGCUUUUUGAGGAAUACAACAAGAUGAUGUUCCUGCUAUCCAAGCAGUUCACUCAAUGGGACGAGACUCUGAGGAAGAUGGAGGAGGCCAAAGGAAUCCGACCUGUGGAGUAGUUGCUGUCAGAACACACACACACCUGUCCAGUGAUGGUGAUGAUGCAGAAGACUGCACUAUGGUGGGAGCUUUUGAUCAGACGUGUUACAUAUGUAGCUUGUUCUUCUCCACUAAUUCAACAAAAAGAGACACAAGCAUCACAACAUUUCUCUGUUUUUACUGCUAAUUAAUUUGUCACUAUUUAACUCAAUCAGGUUAUAAGACAUUGGUACCUUUAACUGCCUUUAAGAGGCCUUCAAAAAUUUCAGGAGUGAACUUAAAAAUGUUCUUUGUUCCAGCCGCUGGUUGUGGCGCCCAAACACUGAGUAAUGCUACCACUGAUUUUAACCCAGUCUGAUCUUUUUUCCAUCAUCUGGAAUAAUGUGCUCCCAUCACCUGACUUGUAGCUCAGACAGCUGUGGAGUUGCUGCUGUUAUUUAUUGUCAGACAAUAGAGCUUUUUAUGCUUUCACAUUGACCUGACUUGUAAUGCCUCCCCUCUGCAAACUGGUCACAAGAAUUGUUCUGCUGUUCCCUCACACACACACAUCAUCUUUUCUGAAACACGUCUUCUUCAUGGCUUUAGAUUUCCCCUCUGAAUGCUUCGUGACAUGGUUUGUAAAACUUUAAAUUAGCUUCAGUACUCUUUUCAGUAUUCUGGUUUUGAAAUGUUAAAUAUGUAUUAUUCAUGAUACAGAAUGACAAUGGUUAAUACAAUAAAUGACUUUUUUCUUUGAAAACAA